AUGGUCAACUCAAAAUCUCGAUCCGAGCUCACGACAAUCCUUCCCAUUCUCAGUAUCCGUACCGCACUAAAGUUCGACAUGGAGUGCUCCGCGGCCAAGCUUGGCUAUAGCACCACUCUACAGAUUCUCGGCGAUUUUUUUUCAGGCAGGCUCAACGCUCAGCCGAAUUGUAUCUUACUGAUUAUGUUCGAAGACUGCGCCACGCAGUGGCUAAUCUCUGAGCCCUCCCUCCACAUCUGUCAGCAAGUAAGUCAUCCAUUGACCCUUGUAUUUAUCCGCGUGGGCGGUGUUUCGUCGGACACUUUAGCAGCCCUUCGAUGGAUCAUUUAG